UUUGGUGUCGUCACUUAAAGAUCGAGACCUGGUCAGAGAACUUAAUCAGUGUAAUAUAUUCCAUCUGUUUACGGGAUCGACGUUAUGGCACGAAGAAACAUCACUUUGAUUGGUCUUCUCUACCUGGCUCACUUUACAUAUGGGAAGAAAUACCAUUCAAGUAGAAAGGAAUCUUACUUAUCAUGCACAUCAUACUAUUCUGGAGACUUUGUCAUUUUGGAUUGCUUCUAUCGUGGUGGCCUGCCUUUCCCUACGCUCACUUGGACUGGGCCGAAUAACCUCUACAGGGAAGCAUUUAACACCCAACGGUUCACAAUCAAUAUCACAAGACAAGAGUUUGUGAAUGACUGGAAUACCAUUUACAAAUGCACAGCCAGGCGUCACUAUUCAACUUCAUACUGCUCCGUUGGACGUGGAAUUGGAAGCUAUGUCGGAAUUGCACUUGGCACUCUUGCACCACUUAUCCUUUUAUGUGUCAUAUCAAUUUGCAUCUGGAAACAGCAUGACAAGUUUUGUGAAACGAUUGCAAGAUAUUGGAGAAAAAAUGAGACAGCUUCUGUUACCACAUUUGGUCCAAGCUAUGAUAACCCAACUUACAUCAACGAACUUGCAGAUGAUGGGAAGACACCAGAGUGAAAUUUGGAAUUAAUCGCAAAAGCAGAUUUGAUUAGUGUUCAUUAAAAAGCUUGCUGGCAAACUAUUAUUUUCUUCCAAUUUUCAUGGGCGGCUAACAUUGAUGUCAAGUCUCGAAAGGAAAUUACAUAUCAUGCAGCAUGAAAAGUGUUCACUGUUUGGACUAUUAUAGAUUGAUGCACUUCCACCAAGGUUGCUCAGGGAAUAUAUGUUUGCCAAAACUUUGCUGAGAUGUACCCCAGCAAUCUGAACUUGGCCAAGACACUGCAAUGAGAUAGUGGCGAGAAAUGGUUGCAACCACUUCUCCCAGACCAUGAUUUCUUUUUUUUAAUUAAUGAAGCAGAAUACAGAGUUAACGGAAAGAUCCUUGGCAGUGUGGAGGAGCAGAGGGAUCUUGGGGUUCAUGUUCACUGUUCCUGAAAUCUGCCACCCAGGUGGAGAGAGUUGCUAAGAAGGCGUAUGGUGUGUUAGCUUUCAUUAAUAGAGGGAUUGAGCUCAAGAGCAGUGAAGUUAUGCUCCAGCUAUACGAAAGCCUGGUUCGGCCACAUCUGGAGUAUUGUGUCCAGUUCUGGUCGCCUCAUUACAGGAAAGAUGUGGAAGCGUUGGAAAAGGUGCAGAGGAGACUUAUCAGGAUGUUGCCUGGAAUGGAGGGAAGGUCUUACGAGGAAAGGUGGAGGGAUCUAAGGCUUUUCUCUUUAGAACGACAAAGGAUGAGAGGUGACUUGACAGAGGUAUACAAAAUGAUCAGAGGUAUAGAUAUAGUAGACAGCCAGAGACUUUUUCCUAGGGUGGAGGUAGCUAUUAAGAGGGGCCAUAGUUUUAAAGUGAGUGGAGGUAGACAUAGGCGAGACGUCAGAGGUGGGUUCUUUACUCAGAGAGUGGUUGGGGCGUGGAAUGCAUUGCCGGAGAGGGUAGUGGAGUCGGCCUCAUUAGAGGUAUUGAAGCGCCUAAGGUAGGGGUAGAGGUUAGAUAGACCUUAGGAUUAGGGUAAAAGUUUGGCACAACAUCGUGGGCCGAAGGGCCUGUACUAUGCUGUACUUUUCUGUGUUCUAUGUUCUAUGCUCUAUUAAUGAAAGGAACUGCAAAGCAUCAGUAUAUUAUUAUCGAUUGCUAAGUCAGUUCUCCAACACAUGACUUCUAGAAUACAGAAGUGAUCAAUAAAUAUGUCCCAAAGAUAGUGGCAAGUUAUUUAUUUAGUCCUUAUCACAACUGAUAUUUCGAUUCAGAUAUCGUGCAAUUUCCGUUCCUGAACGAUGGCAAACAUGUGGCCACAUUCUUCAGUGACAAUUAGAUCAUAGUGGUACCUAAUUUUAUCUGUUCACAAUCGAGUUAUUACUGAGCAUAACCAUUUGCAUUUUUUUUUGCAAAGCCAAAAUACGGAAUCAUAUAUUAUAUGUGAAAUAAUGAUUUAGCAAAAUUUGAUGAUCAAUCCCAAUUAUGCAUAGAAAUCCACCAAUGGAAAAAGUAGCAAGUUGAUCAGUUAACGUCCGUUGAGGCACCCUGUUUCAUACUGCAAGCUAUGUAUGUUGCCACGUACGUUGUAAAUUCGAAAAAGAAAAUACAUGUCUAAAAAUAGCACUUUUAAUGAUAUUCUAAAAAGGUUGAAAAAAAAACAUAGAUUUUAGAAACAAUGACAAUACAUUGCAGUUUAUUUGGAUAGAAUACCUCAGAGGCCAUAUACUUUAAAUUUAAGCAUCAUCUUCAAAAAUCAAGAAAAUUAAUAAAAAAAAAAUGAGUCUAUUACAUGCAUGGCGUACGCUUACCGAGGAGAUAAUAGAAGUAAACUACAUUGGUUAUUUCAAGUCAAAAAGCAUUAGAUGUAAUACAGGAGACAACACAUUUUAAAAAAAAGCACUUAAAACUGAUUUCAUAUAUUAAAGCAGGAAGUAUAAACUGUCUCAGUAGAGCAGUUAUGCAUGGCGUCUAUUUUCCAAACCUUCAUAGAAUGGAGGCAUUCUGCAGUUCAUAAUUGCUCUAUUGAGAAGCAGUUGGGUGCCCUGUUUCGUUAAAAGCGUUUCUAACAUCUUACAGGAUAUCAUGAAGUGUGUAAUAUAUUUUUAACAUGAGCUGUUUGCUCAAAAUGUCUUAUUUGUUGUCUAAUCAUUGACAUUCAGGGAACAGGGAGCAGAAAUUUGAAUCGUUGUAUUGUAUAACGCCAAACAUUCAUCAUUGGAUUUUGACAAUUCGUAUGCUGUCAAUGUUAUAUACAAUUGGACAUUCUAAAAGGACUCAUUGCAAAUAGAGACCAGAAAUUUGAUUUGGAGCAUAGAUUUUUCGCUUGGUACAAUACAUUUUAACUUUUAGGUUAAAUUUCAAUUGAUCAUUAAUUAUUCAUUCUCACGGUAACAUUCCUAAUUUGCAAUCAGUGCAUUUUUUGACGUUGUUGUAACUGAGACUGUGAUUAUAUUUGCAAAUUAUUACUGCCGGUUGUGAUAUAUUUAACGAAACUCACUGUAGCAUCAGGAAUUUUUUUUUUUAAAUGCCUUAAUGCAACGUUUUCUAAUUGAAAUCUUUCUUCACAAAGUCAGGUCAGCACCUGUUUUUGUUAUGAAUAAUAAAAGUUUUCAAAAAAUACCCCCUGAAAAUAACAAAGAAUUGAUAGUUCGCCUAAAAAUCAUAUCGUUGCGCUUUUCUCUUGUUGCUUUCUAUUGAAAUCUAUUUCAAACAUCAUGACAUAUUUUUCACCUUAUUUGUUUAAUUAUUUGAUAUCAGAUAUAAUAGUCAAGAGAUUAGUGGGUGUUAUUCCAUAAAGACAAAAUAGCAAUUGAUUUAAAAUACUUCUCACUACAACUUUUGCAACUGUGUAUCCAACGAAAAAAAUCUGUUAUUCCUUCAUGAGUAAUUUAGAAAAUUAUAUAAAACCUUGCACUUUGAACGAAAUAAAAUGCAUAGUUGAACCCUG